AUGAGGCCACUCCACUAUUUGGCGUUCACUUUCUUGUGUGUGGGGAGCCUGCUGAUCACUCUUGUAUGGAGUAUGGUACACAGCGUUAACAAACCUUACAGAAUGCCUCGUCACAAGAAAAGCCCUUCUGAGCUCUGCAAAGGCUGCAAGGAGGUCAUUGACGAAGUAAAAGAGCGUUACUCUCAAAACUGGAAGAAGCAGGAGGACAAUUACACCAAGUUCAGAUCUGAGCUGAGCAGCAAGUGUAAUGGUUUAGAGAAGGCCAUCAUUACCCAGGCCAACACUCCAGUGGGAUCCAAGAUUGUGUACGACGGAGAAAAGACGAGGAGCCUCAAGGUGACCCCGGGGAUUUUCAGCAAUUUUCCGAAGGAGCAUCCACUCCCAAAUAAAACAUGGGACAUGUGUGCUGUUGUUGGGAACGGAGGGAUCCUGACUGACAGCGGCUGUGGAAAGAUGAUCGAUUCAGCUCAGUUUGUUAUCAGGUGCAACCUUCCUCCUCUGGAAGACGAUUAUGGGAAAGAUGUGGGCACCAGGACUGACCUGGUGACAGCAAACCCAAGCAUCCUCACAAAUAAGUACGGGGCUCUACAGGGGCAUCGGCGUCCAUUUGUGGAGAAGCUGAGAAUCUAUGGCGACUCCCUGCUUCUCCUUCCCGCCUUCUCAUAUGGCCAUGUCACCUCAGUGUGCCAGCGGGCUGUCUACAGUAUUGAGGACUUUGAAAGCCCCAUCCGACCUGUUUUCUUAAACCCUGACUACCUCCAGAAACUGUCCGUCUUCUGGCGCUCCAAAGGAGUAAAAGCAUUGAGGCUCAGCACCGGCAUCAUGAUGACUAGCCUGGCACUGGAACUCUGUGCUAACGUGCAUCUGUACGGGUUCUGGCCCUUCAGUAAUCACCCACAAGGACUCUAUGCCCUGACUAACCACUACUACGAUGAUGUCACAUUUAAGGCAGGAGUCCAUACCAUGUCAGAAGAGUUUAACCUCUUGUUGCAGCUGCACAGUCAGGGGGUGCUCAGGCUUCACCUGGAAGAUUUCAUCAAAGAGCUCCCUGUACAGAUUCUCCUCAGUAUGGCCCACACUCCCACAGAGGACACCUGGACAGCUCUGAAGCUGGAGACGGGCCGCGGCAAACCACUUGACUGUGGUCAGGUUUCUUUGGGGGCCCCCGUGAUGUGGAGGUGCAUCAUCUGGCUGACUGGCUGA